AUGAGCGAUUCUACUGAAGCCAAAGUCUCAUAUCCACAAAAACAUUCUAUCACCGAUGCUGGAUCCUCAAGCAAAGAAGGCCUAUUAGAUCUCAAAACUUUAUUUGUGAGAUCGAUUCCUUUUGAAGCUACGGAUGAGGAACUUGCGGAUUAUUUUUCGCAACUUGCCCCGAUUAAGCAUGCUGUGAUUGUCAAAGAUAAUGAAAAACAGUCUAGAGGGUUUGGAUUUGUUAGUUUUGCUGUUGAAGACGACACUAAGGAAGCCCUAGCUAAAUCAAGGAAAACUAAAUUUCAGGGAAGACUUCUGAGGGUUGACAUUGCCAGAAGAAGAGACCGCUCGAAGAAGGAUGCUGGUCACGGCACAUCAAAUGAUACUUCAGUCACGGAACAGGAGGAAGACGAUUUGAUGAAAGGUAAACCCAAACUAAUUAUCAGAAAUAUGCCAUGGAGUGUUCGCAAUCCCGAUGAAUUGAAGAAAAUAUUUACAAGGUUUGGGACGGUAGUAGAGGCUAAGAUUCCAAAGAAGAAAGACGGAAAGUUAUGUGGUUUUGCUUUUGUGACCAUGAAGAAGCUUGCUGCCUGUAAAAGAGCAAUUGAAGAAUCCAAAGGUCUAAAAAUUGGCGGAAGACAAGUCGCGGUGGAUUUCGCUGUCCAAAAGAGCAGAUGGGAAGAUUAUAAAAAAGAGCAUUCAGCCGAACAAGAGAACAAUGAAUCUUCUAGCGAGUCUGAAAAGGAGGUAGAAGAGGAUGAACUUUCACAGGGCGAAGCGAGUGACAGUAUAGAGGAAGAAGCUGCAAGUAUCGAAAGUGAUUCUGAUUUGGAAACGGAAGAAAGUGAUUCAGAAAAGAAUGAAGUCAUUGAACAACCACGUAAAAAGCAAAAUAGGCAGGAGCAGUAUUCUGUUUUUGUUAGAAACGUUCCUUACGAUGCAACUCAAGAGUCCUUGUCAUUGCAUUUCAGCAAAUUUGGUCCUGUCAAAUACGCUUUACCCGUUCAAGAUAAAGAAACGGGGCUAGCUAAGGGAACCGCCUUCGUAGCAUUCAAAAGUCCAGAUGCAUAUGAAGAAUGUAUCAGAAACGCGCCCGCAGCGGGUUCGACUUCCUUAUUAAUUAGUGAUGACGUUGCUCCUCAGUAUGUUUAUGAAGGGCGGGUACUAUCUAUUACACCAGCUCUAGAUAGAGAUACUGCCGAGAGGAAUGCUGAGAAAAGUGCUGCAAAGCGUAAGGAGGCAUUCGGCAAAGCACCAGGAGAAAAAGAUCGCCGUAAUCUUUAUUUACUAAAUGAAGGUAGAAUUACGGAAGGCUCCAAGUUGGCAGAACUUUUGACACCUACAGACAUGGAGAUUAGAGAAAAAUCUUACCAACUAAGAGUAGAGCAACUAAAAAAAAAUCCUUCAUUGCAUUUAUCUCUCACCCGGUUGGCGAUUCGUAAUAUUCCUAGAGCAAUGACAGAGAAGGCUUUGAAAGCAUUGGCCCGUAAAGCUGUGGUAGAAUUUGCUAAAGAAGUCAAAGAUGGGAAAAGACAUGCACUAAGUAAAGAAGAAAUUGUCAGGUCUACAAAUGAAAAAUAUAAAUUUAUGGAACCAGCAGAUAUUGAAGCUUUGAAAAAGCGAGACAAGAAGAAAGGUCUUGUCAGACAAGCGAAGAUUAUUAUGGAAGUUAAGGGUGCCAACAGUGGAAGAAGUAGAGGUUAUGGUUUUGUUGAGUUCAGGGAUCACAAGUCUGCCUUAAUGGGUCUUCGUUGGCUAAAUGCCCAUGAAGUAACUCGUCAAGAGCUUAUUGAUGGACUUACUGAAGAAGAAGCAAAGCAGGUCGAUACUGAUGGACUUAAGAAGAGAAGAAUGUGUGUCGAGUUUGCUAUAGAAAAUGCUAACGUUGUUAAAAUAAGAAGGGAGAAAAUAUUACAAUCGAGGACAGCUACUAAAAGAGGCCGUGAAGUAACUGAAAAUGAAGAUAAAUCAAUGAAAAAAUCUAGAUAUAAUUCUGAGAAGACUAAUUCUAAGGAACCUGUGGAAUCACAGGAUAAGUCUACGUCGGGCAUUAGCGAUGAUAUAAAGCGAAUCAUCGGUUUUAAGCGUAAGAGAAAGCAUGGUAAAAAAUAA